UCAACUGUGGUGGUAUUUGGCCACCGUGAAUCAUGGAAGAAUGAUGGCAGCUGCUCUGGCCAUCCUACAGCCUGUUUCAUAGGAAGGAAGUGCCUUGAGGUGAGCCACCGCCAUGAGCAAGCUGAAGGACAAAGUGCUGGGUCUGGCAGCGUUCGCCAUGGUAAUCAUAGUAGGAAUGGCCAUCACUUCAAAUCCAACUCUGAAGUCAAAGGCGGCCGAAUUUGCGUUCUUCAUGCGGCAGAAUCCAAUCCUGGGCAUAGUCUUGCACGCGGGAUUCUCCACAGCGAUUACGGUAUCUGGAGUGCCAUUUUCCCUGGUUGAUUUGGGUGCAGCUUGGGUCUAUGGUUUCACGGCAUCUAUGGGCAUGCUUCUAUUUUCCAAGACGUUGGGUAGCAUAUUGUGUUUCGUUGUGGCUCGGAGCGUUCUUCCAGCCACAAGAAAAAGCAGCGUUUUGGCGCAUCCAACAGUGGCCCGCGUCGAUCGCAUUUUGGCGAGCAGUCCCAUUUACUAUGGGACACUCUUUCGACUAGCAUUUUUGCCAGCCUUCGUGAAGAAUUACGGCCUAGCGCUCCUGAACAUCAGGUUCAGAGACUACAUUGUGUGUUGUUUGAUUGGGUCGUGCUUUGGUGUACCGGCACAAGCAUACUUGGGAUCUCAGCUCGGUGAUAUUUAUUUGGGAUUGCGUGAUGCUGAAGAUGUUGCCAAGUCUGACCCGAUGCUCCUGUGGGGAGGAGCUGCUCCAGCGCUCGCUAUGCUGGUUCUGAUGCCAACAAUUGCCAAGGUGUUGCUUGGAAGCGAUGAGAAGGAUGAGAAGAAAAGUUAGGGUGACGGGUUCCAUAGAUGGUGACAGACCAGCGACCGUCACCGCAAAAAAUGCUGCUUCUUGGGAAUGUUGAAACAUUGGUCACCAGAAAGCGUCCCCCUGAGGCCCUUCCAAGAAGUUUCCUGUAUGUUUGGACGCACCCACCUAGCAUGAAAUCAC